AUGGGGCGUACUAUGGCAGUCCCCACACCAUACGGCUGUAUUAGCUGUAGGCUACCACGGCCAGACUACCCACCAGCUGUAAUCACCUUUCUGUUCUGCGUAAUGGUUAUCACCAUCAUGGUAGAUCUGAUCGGCAACUUCAUGGUCGUUUUGGCUGUGUUGAGGAACAAGAAGCUCCGAAAUUCUGGCAACAUCUUCGUGGCUAGCCUCUCCCUGGCUGAUAUGCUCGUGGCCAUCUACCCCUACCCUCUCAUGCUGUAUGCCAUGGCCAUUGGGGGCUGGGAUCUGAGCCAGGUCCAGUGCCAGAUGAUAGGAUUCAUCACAGGGCUGAGUGUGGUUGGCUCUAUCUUCAAUAUCAUGGCAAUUGCCAUCAACCGUUACUGCUACAUCUGUCACAGCCUCCAGUAUGAGCGGAUCUUCAGUAUGCGCAAUACCUUAAUUUUUCUGAUUAUCACCUGGAUCAUGACUAUCCUGGCUGUCCUGCCCAACGUGUACGUUGGCACCAUUGAGUUUGAUCCUCGUACCUACACCUGCAUCUUCAACUAUCUGAACAACCCUGUCUUUGCUGUGACCAUUGUCUGUAUCCACUUCAUCCUUCCUCUUCUCAUAGUGGGUUUCUGCUAUGUGAAGAUCUGGAUCAAAGUGCUGGCAGCCCGUGACUCAGCUGGGCAGAAUCCUGAAAACCAGCUUGCUGAGGUUCGAAAUUUUCUAACCAUGUUUGUGAUCUUCCUCCUCUUUGCAGUGUGCUGGUGCCCUCUCAAUGUGCUCACUGUCUUGGCAUCUGUCAGUUCAAAAGAGAUAGCAAGCAAGAUUCCCAACUGGCUUUAUCUUGCAGCCUACUUCAUAGCCUACUUCAACAGCUGCCUCAAUGCUGUGAUCUAUGGAUUCCUCAACGAGAAUUUUCGAAGAGAAUACAUGACUGUCUUCCAUGCUAUACGGCACCCUAUCCUCUUCAUCUCUGGCCUCAUGACUGAUGUGCGUGAGAUAUGGGAGGCCCGUGCCCGUUCCCAGGUCCGUGCCCGCGCCCGCGCCCGCUCCCGUGCCUGUGCCCAUGACCAUGACCAAGAUCGUUUCCAGGAAUGUUCUAUGGAGGAAAUGCCAAUGAACAUCCGGAAUGUUCCACUACCUGCUGAUGGUGCACCUGACCAUCCUGAGCUUGACUCUGGCUACCCCAAGCAACUGGCUUCUGGACACUACAGGCCUGCCUCUGCUUACCACAAAUACGUCUCUGGUUACCACAAGUCUGUCAUUAGCCAGUCUAUGCUUGCCCCUGGCCAGCCUAAGUUUGUUCUUGGUCACUGCAGGUCUGCCUCUGGUUACCCCAAGUCUGCUACUAUCUACCCUAAGCCUGCCUCUGUCCAUUUCAGCAUUGACUCCAGCCACCUCAAUCCUGUCAUUGGCCAGCAUAUUGCUGCUGGCAACUACUCCAAGAGUACCUUCAGUUCUGCCACUCUCCGCCCUAAACCCAUUGGCCACAUCAAGCCUGCCAUUACUAGUGACCCUGAGCCCUCUACCUCAGGCCACCCUGAGCCCUCUACCUCCGGCCACCCUUUGCCGUCUGCCUCCGGUCACCCUGAACCCUCUGCCUCUGGCCACCCUGAGCCCUCUUCCUCCGGCCACCCUGAGCCCUCUGCCUCCGACCUCCCUGAAUCUGCCUCCAACCCUGCCACUGGGCCCCCUAAGUCUGCUGCCAGCCCGCUAGAGCCUGCCACUGCCACUGACCCUUUUGAGCCCUCUCUUGACCCUACUUUGGUCACCAAUGAUUAA